AGAAAUUAGGAGCGAUCGAGCCACGAGCGCUAUAAAACCCCAGCGUUUGCUUCCUUCUUUCCAUCGCUCACUGGGAUUCGCGUUCGCCCCUUUCUUCCUCCUCUUCCUCGUCCAUGGCGAUCAAGUUCGCGCUCGUGUUCUUCUUCCUCGUCGCCGCGAUCGUGCUCGCCGAUCGCGCCAGUGGCGCCUGCGAUGCCACCAACAACAUGGGCAAGCUUCUUCCCUGCCGCCAAGCUGCUGUCAAGAACGGGAAGGAUCCCAAGCAGCUCGCGGGGUGCUGCGAUGCCGUGAAGCCCUUCAGCGGCAGCAAGGACGCCGCGGAUUGCCUGUGCCAGAGCCUCCUCGCCGCGCAGAAGGUGGACAAGACUGUGGAUCUUCACUCGGCGAUCGCGAUUCCAGCCAAGUGUGGCAUCCCCGUCCAGGCCAAUCUCAAAUGCAACGGAAUGGCGGUUCCACAGCACUGAAAAUGGAUCAAAUCGAUGCGCCCAGUGAUGCGCAGCGCUUGUCUUAGCUUGUGCUUAGUUGUGAUCUAUGUAGCUGCCGCACCCAAUGUGGUGGGCUGGUUCUAUAACGCCUUCUGCGUGAUGCGCGUUCUCUGAAUCAAUCAA